UCAACCUAAAAGCCAUUCCUACUCACAAAGAUGAUUCCUUUAUGCCCCUAAAAGAAUCUCUCCUCAUAACAACAACAACAAACAAGCCUCUUCAAAGUCUCAAACUUCCAUGCCAAGACUACAGACUACAUCAUGACUACUUCAUCAGGUACUCCAUCGUUGUCUCUUGCAUUAUCAUCCUCUUCCUCGGCUACUCCUCUUGAACCCCAAAAGCCUGAAGAGAGAGGAUUACGCCUAAUUCAACUCCUCCUAACAUGUGCCAAUCACACCUCCUCCGGCAACCUCCACCGUGCCGACGCCUGCCUCCGCCAGAUAUCAAAACUUGCCUCCAUUUCCGGUGACUCCAUGCAACGUUUGGCAGCCUAUUUUGCCUCUGCCUUAGCUAUCCGCCUCGUGAAGCGCUGGCCCGGCCUGUAUAAGGCCCUCAACAAAACCCAAAAGCCUAGUUCCGAACUGGACCGGGCUCGGCCUCUUUUCGUGCAGGCCUUUCCGUAUCUUAGCCUCGCAUAUGCCAUAAUGGGCCGAACCUUGCUUCAAUGCAUGAUGGAGGAGCGUGUGAUUCACAUUGUGGAUUUGGGCUUCGGCGACUCCAAACUGUGGGUCCCACUUCUCCGGAGCUUCGCUAAUUCACUGGAUGGGCCGCCCCAUUUGAGAAUCACUUGUGUUCAUGAAAACAAGUCGGUUUUAGAGAAGUUGGGCCGUGGGCUUGUAAAGGAAGCGGAGAGGCUUCGCAUCCCAUUUCAUUUCAGCCCAGUGAAUGUUGGGCUUAGAGAGCUAACAUUGGACCAGGUCCAGGUAAGAUCAGGAGAAGCAAUGGCUUUGAUAUCAUUCAAUCUUCAUGUCUUAUUGACUGAGGAUGAUAGAGUUGAUGCACAAUUUGGUCCCAAAAAGAACAACAAUGGCAUCAAAGAUUGUAAGAAAUUGAAUGAGUUCUUAUCGAUGGUUCGAUCAAUGUCACCCAAAAUCUUAUUUCUAGUCGGAAAAGAAGCUGACCACAAUUUGGGUCGAUUAGUAGACCGGUUUAUCGAGAGUUUGCAUUAUUACAGCGCAGUUUUUGACUCAAUUGAGGUCACAUUUGGUGGUAAGGCAAGUGAGGAUAGAUUUGUUGUAGAAGAAAUGUUUGGUAGGGAGAUUGAAAAUAUUGUUGCAUGUGAAGGACUGGAAAGAUUGGAGAGACAUGAGAGAUAUGGGCGGUGGGCGGUUCGGUUCGGUCGAGCCGGGUUUAGGCCAGUUGGACUUUGGUACGGUUACAUGGAUGAUGCUAAGAAAAUGUUAGAGGCUUGUGGUAAGGAGGGUUAUAAAAUUACCAGUGAGAGACAAAGUUUGAUGAUUUGUUGGCAUGAUAGGCCUCUAUAUAGCGUCUCUGCAUGGAUUUGUUAGCUAUAUAUUCUUCUAUAUGAUUUAACAAAGACAUUUAUUUUUCGUGUUUAUGAGUUCAAUUUCAUCCUAAUUCGUAUUAG